GCCAUUGAAGACUUUAGAGGGGAAACUUCUUCUUCAAUAAAUCUAACAAUUAUUAUGCCUACAGGAAACAAUCGCCGAUGAAUUUCAAAUUCUAUACGGAAUCAAUCACUGUAUCAUUGAAAGUGACCAUUUGAGUUUUCACGACAAUUUACAAAGAGAUGUUGCAGUUUCCAGGGUUCAUGCCGCAGUACCCACAAUCGACGAAGACUUCGUCAUUUCUUCUUCACUCUCAGUGGCCCCAGACCAACAACGAUGAAGCCCUCCUUGCUUUGGAGGAAUCCGAAUUCGACGAGAAGUGCAAAGAAAUCAGGACUGCAAUGAGCAACACAAUUGUGAUAGGGAAAACAACAGCUGAAAAUGACAAACAAGAAAGCGAGAAUGAAGCAGAGGAGGAGGAUGCAGACAAUGUAGAGGAAUCAGAAGGCGACGAGUUUGAGCAGGAAACUGGUUAAGUUGAAUCUCUUUGGUAAGAAUUCGAGUAAGAAGUUGGUAUGCAAUGAACUGCACUAUCUGAUACAAUCUUUUUUUCUACUUUUAUGAAGCAUUUCAAUUAAUGUUCUUGUUGACACUCAAUUGAAAGGGAUGUGCAGAUUUGGAUUUUA